GCACAUGCAGGCGUCGACAUGGCAGUGACGCGCAAUGGUUCGCGGAGCCUCGGGUCCUCCCUCCUGCUUGGCACAUGAUCUGUAAUCUCGCACAGAGGAGAGACCCAGUAAUGGUCAGAGGAGCGACAUCAACGAGGACGCAGCGAAUCCACGGGGCCUCCAACAUGCGUUUGUUUUACACCGUGACCAUCUGGGCGACAAUAGUCCACUGCACAGCUGGAAUCCCCUGGACCCAACAAAAGCUCCAUCACCGAGCCGUCACUCUGACACAAGACGAGAUCCACGCCGGUCUGUCCCACACUGACCUGGAGAACAUGUGGCAGAGGGACUUGAGGCCGCUGCUGGUCACCAGGUACCCGGGCUCUGCGGGCAGUCAGGCCGUGCAGGAGCAUAUCAAAAGCACCCUGGGUUCCCUCGGAGCAGGCUGGGAGGUGACGGAGGACGCGUUUGUGUCGGAGACACCUUACGGCCAGCUGCCUUUCGCCAACAUAGUCGCCACCCUCAACUCGACGGCCGACCGGCGCCUGGUCCUCGCCUGUCACUACGACUCCAAGUACUACCCGCCACAGUGGCACGGCAGGGAGUUCCAAGGCGCCACGGAUUCGGCCGUCCCCUGCGCCAUGAUGCUGGAGCUGGCGCGCGCGCUGGAUGAAGAACUGAAAGCUCACAAGAGCACCAGUCCUGACCUGACGCUGCAGUUGCUCUUCUUCGAUGGAGAGGAGGCUCUUUUCCAGUGGACCUCCACAGACUCCCUCUAUGGCUCUCGCCACCUGGCCGAGAAGAUGGAGGUCACCCCGCAUCCCGCCGGAGCCACGGACACAAACCAACUGCACGCCAUCGAUCUGUUCGUGCUGUUGGAUCUGAUCGGGGGCCCCGGCCCUCGCUUCUACAACCAGUUCCCCAGCACAGUGCACUGGCUCUCCAGACUGCAGAGCAUUGAGACGCGUUUACACUCCAUGAACCAGCUCGUGGAUCAUCCUGACAGCGUGCACUAUUUCUGGCCCAAUCAACCCGUUGGCCACAUACAAGACGAUCACAUACCAUUCCUGAGCCGAGGCGUACCCGUCCUCCACCUCAUCCCCUCCCCCUUCCCGUCGGUGUGGCACACGUUUGACGACAACGAGCAGAACCUGGAUCGCUCCACCAUUCAGAACCUCAACAAGAUCAUGCAGCUUUUUGUCCUGGAGUACCUCGACGCUAAACCCGCCGUCCCUUCAAACCCACAGAACGCCCCGUGAGGGGAAAAAAGAAAAGAAAAUGGCCGCACCGAUUUGACGACUUUCUUUCUUUUGAUGUUUCACUGCAGUAGAGAUUUUAACCUGUUCAACGGGCUGAAAUAUUAGACUUGAUUUCAUCAAAAUGUAAUACUUGAUAAUUAACACCUGAGGUUGAGACUCAAAUCUGCACAUCAAAAUGGAUGCAGCUGCAGAACAGAUUUUAGAUAGCGAAUAGAUUACAAAAAAAAUGUAUUCUGAAAUCUUUAUCUAACCAUAUUGUUGAUAAUGUGCUUAGAAUGGGCAACAUUAAACGUGUGCAUCUCUUCAAGUUCCCAGCAACAACAUCGGCACACAAGGCGUUCUGUGUGUGUGUGUGUGUGUGUGUGUGUGUGUGUGUGUGUGUGUGUGUGUGUGUGUGAGUGUUUCUUAUUCACACUGCUCCCUUUAUAUCAGCCUGAAACGCUCCCUCACGCCGCGAUGAGGCGUCUUAGCGCCAAACGCUGAUGUUUGAGGAUCCGACAACCCCAAAGAAAGGGGAAAAGGACCAGGACCAGGGCGUGAAGCAAAAUAGUCUUUCUGGAUGAGUGUCCUCUCUGCAGUGAAUCUGUUUCGGAGCAAACAGGAAGUGGGUUCAUCUUUAGCCCCUCGACGUCCAUUUCUUUUUGAGAGUAAAGUGGAUGUUUUGCCUGCUUUUGUUUGUGUGGGAUUUAUUAGCCACAUCUAAAUGUAGAUCCCAGAAUAAUAUACACUGCCGAAACUGAACGCCCUUCAUUUUGAGGCCGAAAUAAAUGUUGUUUGAGAAUACAAGCCA